CUGAGCAGAGGAUCACAGACAAUGCUCUGUUCUGAAAGCAGCUUCUUCUUUGGGCAAUCUUCCAGCCUGUGUGGCAUUACUUCCUCUGUCAAGCCUGGCCCCUCUUUCAGUUAUGAGUUCAGUGAUGAGACUUCCUGGUCUGUUUGCAAUUGCAACACUGGUGAGCUUCCAGAGGGGAAGCAGAAUGCAUACCUGAUGUGCAAGGGGAGCUUGCCUGGUGGAUUGUGAGAGCCCCUUGCUUGCAACUGAAUAGAUUCCAGUUUGGCCAUGGCCCUUGUAGAGACAAUUCGACUGUGGAGCGAGGGGGUGUCUGCAGCUGACCGCAAAGACUGGCCGGCUGCUCUGUCUGCCUUCACUUCGGUUCCAAAGCCUUCCUCCAAAAUCUGCUUUAACAUUGGCUGCACCCACCUGGUCAUGGGGAAUUUGGAUGAGGCACAGCAGGCCUUUACCAGGAGCACCAACAAUGACAGACACUUAGCAGUGGCAUAUUUCCAGCGAGGAAUUGUGGCGUACCAGAUGGAAAAUUAUGAGUCAUCGAUUAAUGACUUAAAAGAAGCUUUGGCUCAACUACGUGGGAACAACCUAAUAGACUACAAGAUCCUAGGCCUGCAGUUUAAGUUGCUUGCUUGUGAGGUGUUAUACAAUAUAGCCCUUGCCUAUGCCAAGUUGGAUGACUGGAAAAAGGCCGAGGAGCAUAUGACAAAAGCAGAGAAACUGAAGACUGGACCGCGACACAGCAAAAUAGAUAAGGCCAUGGCAUCUAUCCUUAAGCAAAGAUUAUUUGAGCCCAUAGUGAUUCCUGAAGGAAAGUUGUUUCGGCCAAAUGAAAAGCAUGUGGCACAGCUGGAGAAGAAAGACUACUUGGGGAAAGCUACGGUUGUGGCGUCUGUGAUAGACAAAGAUGAGUUUGCAGGCUUUGCUCCCCUUCAGCCCCAGGCAUCAGAUCCACCUCCCAGACCGAAAACACCAGAAACUCUUAGGAUGUUGCAGGGACAACCGCACAGAGUCUUAUAUGAAUUUACACCAGAAACAGCAAAUGAGCUACAAGUCCUUCCCGGGAACAUUGUUUUCGUCUUGAAGAAGGAGAAAGACAACUGGGCAACUGUUGUAUUCAAUGGAAAGAAAGGGAUUGUACCUUGCAACUAUUUAGAGCCGAUGGAAAUGCUGAACCAGAGCACCGUCUGGAAGGAAAAUGAUGCUGACUUGGACAUCCCAGCACCACCCAGCAUUGCUGCUCCAGAACGUCCCACCAGGCGCCCUCCUGGUCAGAAGAAAGUGCCAGAGCCUGAUUCCUCAGCUCCAUACAUUAUCAAGGUGCACUAUAAAUACACGGUGGCCCUGCAAGUGAGCCCCGAGCUUUCGUAUAGCAGUCUUUUAGACAAGGUCUGCAAGAAGCUGGAGCUCUCCCCGCAGCACACAACUCUGAGCUACCGGCUUACAAACGAUGCAGAGUUGGUGCCUUUGAGUGAGGAUAAGAUGAAGGACCUGUGGAAUCAGGCAGAGAACAAUUGCUUGACAUUGUGGUGCAGCAGCCAGGAGACGGGAAACGACAAUCCAAACACAGAAAAUGGCGAGGAGGCUCAGGACAAGACGGAAAAUGAGAUGGAAGCAAAUCAAGUUGUAGCGCGAUACAGUUAUGAAGCCAGUCAGCCAGAGGACCUGGAGUUUCAAAAGGGAGAGACAAUACUUGUUCUGGCUCAAGUGAAUGAUGAGUGGCUGGAAGGCAAAUGCAAUGGAAGAGUCGGAAUUUUCCCCAAAUCCUACAUUGAAGAGUAAAAUAGCCAAGAUCCUCCAAGUGAAGUAUGAGCAAACUCAAACUUAAGGAACUCUGAUGUUUCCACUCCUUUUAUAAGGCAGUUCAUCUCAUUAUAAUAUGCCAAAUCCUCUGUUAUAACUGAAGCCUCUAUGUGUGUGGUUAUUAUUCUGCUUUCAUGUUUCUCAGUUGUGAUGCAUACUGGGUUCUUUAGCUUUUUCCUGUCUAAAAAGAAAGCCAGGACAAGUCACAGUAGGCGAGUGAUGGCUGUCCAUUUGUAUCUCUGAAAUAAUGUAAAAUUCAAUAUACAGGGUGAGGCAGCAUAAUUUCCUUUUUUAAAAUGCGUGCCAUUCAGUUGGUUGAAGACGUAGCGGAGCGCUAGUGGUCUCGUUCGAGAGGCGGGAGUAUCAAGUUUUGUCCUGACACAGUUCAGUCGCCAUCCUGCAUUGGAACAGUGAGGAGCAUGCUUUUGCCGUUGAGGUCUACUUUUCGAGCGGAUUUGGAGUGGCCGGCCCACUCUCCAGAUUUGGCCCCUUGUG